UCAGUUUUCCCUGCUUGGAAUCAGUUGGCAGUGUUGGGACAGAGUGGAGCUGGAUUCUCCUGGCUACUUCGGGAUAGCACCCAGAAUGUCACCGACAAAACAGCUGUGCCCGUUCUGCCGGGUGUCCUACAUGAAUCUAUGCUUGCACUUAACACAUGUGCACAAGUUGACGGACCCAAAGGAGCGAAAGCUCCUCAACGCCAUUACCUCAAAGCGUUAUUCUGGGCCAGUAGAUUGCCCUGUGCGUGGCUGCACAGCCUCCAGCCUGGUUCGUUUGGAUCGACACUUGAAGAUUUGCCACAAAAUUGAAGGGCAGGAGCUCAAGAAGCUGGUGAGCUCAGCAAAGCAGACUGCGGCCAAGGCAGCUUUACAAAAUUACAAACAGGCUACCAAGGAGAAGGACGAGGAGGUGCAGACACUGAAGAGGCGCCUGGAUGAGCUGGAGAAGCUCGUACGGCCACCGGCUCAGGCCGAGGACAACACCGCUUCAGUAGCGGCAGCCAAACCGGGCCGUGCCACACAGCUGUUCUUCACGGAGGAAGUCCUGCCUCAAUAUAAGGCCACCCUGUUCCGAGUCGGGGCAUCCUCUAAAGUCAUUGAAAAUUAUAAUUACGAGUUAAAAAAUGUAGAAAAAUUUGUCCGAUUCAUGUGGGGCAAUCAGGAUGAGCCGCCACCGGCCCAUCUAAAGUACAUUGCUGACCCCUCCCUAAUUAACAAUUGGAUGGAGCAUCUAAAUUCAAAAUUCAAAGUAACCACCAUCAAAAACCAUUUAUUGGCAAUCAUAAAAUUUUCCCAGUUCCUAGUCGACAACAGUCUGCCCUGUGUCCGACUAAGCCAGAAAAGGCUGACCGGCAUCAUCCGGCACCUGAAAUGCCAGGUACAGCUGGUUACCAAAAAAAUUGUCGGACACAGGCAGACUGUGAAAGACAAAAAGACACAGAGGAUGCCCCAACGAGGAGACCUAGCAGCUCUGCUCACGGAGCUGCGUGGCAAGAUUCCCGACUGCCUAGAUGACCUGGCCGAAUCGCCACUAGACAUCGCCAUUAGAAACAGCUGCAUCGGAUGCCUGGUGACGUUGCUAUUUUCCAUCAGCGGGCACCGCAGCAGUGUCAUAAUAAAUAUGACACUCGAGGAAUACAACGCGGCCCACCCAGAAGGGGACUUCAUGGUCAUCAGUGUUGCCAAUCACAAAACAUCUGGCACCUUUGGAAGGGCAAAAAUCGCCCUCACUGAAAGGGAGCAUUCCUGGCUGCAAAGGUUUGCUCAGCUGAGGCCACGUCUGCCCGGCUUCUGCCACCAGCCAGCAACAUUUUUCUUUGCGGCGUCCGGGCAGCCCUUCCGCAAAGUUAAUAAAGUGGUGACACAGACCUGCCUCGCAUGCGGCCUGCCACGGGGGUUCUCCGUAUCGGAGAUCCGCACGGGUGUGUCGACCUGCAUCCAGCGCAACCUCCCGGAGAAGCAGCGUCAGCUGGUGGCCCGACUGAUGUGCCACAGCACACAGACUGCUGACCGGUUUUAUGUCGCGGAGCCUGACGGUGCUGAUGCCUGCAGUGGUCGGGGCCUCCUGCAGACAGCCUUGGGCAUGAGCAAGGCUCCGUGCCGUAAAACCGGUCAGCAGUCUCAGUCAGAGGAGGAAGUGGUCCACUCGCCGUGGAAGCGGCUUAGGUUGACCAUCUCUUCAACAUCAGAGGAGGACGAGCCCAGGCCGCAGAAGAUAAAGAAGAAGAAAGCUGGGAAUGCGGGCCUGCAGAUGCAGGUCACAAAGGACCCCGUUCCAUUGUGCAGCUCAAGCCCCCUCGACCUGGUCCCCUCGGAGAGUGCGGGCCUCGUGGAGGAGCUCAGCGGGGGCCUGGUCCCGCUGUGCACUUCCAGCUCACUUGACCCGGUACCAUUGGCUAGUGCGGGAUUGCAGGGGCAGGUCGGCAAGGUAGACUCUCCGCCCUUCACCUUUAGCCCCCUCAGCCACGUACCUCUGGAGCGCUUACCUGCCGAAGAGAUGUUCGUCACUUUGUCCUCGGACCUAAACGACCCAUCCAGUCCGUCUGGGGACGAAGAUGCCGAGCUCCCAAGUCCCCUACCAAAGACGGUUGUCCGGCCGGCUGGUACAGAGAGACCGACGUAUCGUAGGAAGCUGCUGUACACUGAUCAUUUCAGGGAGAAGGUCAAGAGGUCUUUCUCGGACCAUCUCGACUCGCCCAUAAGCACUAAGACUAUCAAUGAAGUACUGUAUAACCGUCCUGAGCUCCUGGCGGAGUGUAAAGACAUGGCCCUGACGAUUGACAACAUCAGGGCACUCCUGAAACAAAUGCAAAGAUCCACUGACCAGGUCUGAAUGUGGAUGCAGUCGGCAGUUUUUCAUCGCAUUUUGAGUUUUAUCUUUUCAAUUGUUAGGCUAAUAAAUGCCUGUUGUUAAUUGCAA